AUGGACGACACAGCCAUCACACAGUCUGGCAUUGACCGAGGAGGCCGAGUCUCAAAGUUCACGCAGCGCAUAAUAUGUCGCUUCCGACUGAUCGAGGCAGAAGUUGUUUCCGUCCUAUGGCACGGCGAACCAAUACCGCAGAACAUGACUAUUGAACACUGGGAACAGCAAUGUAUCGACGCAAUGUCGCGAUGGCGGCAAGAAAUAUAUGCAUCAGCACAAGCCAACAAAGACCGAGGACUCGUACAGAGAUGGAAGGAGAUGAUGCUCUACUCUGACAUUGCGUAUCCCUACAUCCUCGUCACGCUAUACCGGCCUUCAAAACUCAACCCUUCACCCACAACAGAACAGAUGAUGAUCUCCCUAGCGAACGCGGUAAAAGUCGCAGACGGCUAUUACCUCCAAGCCGGAGCAGAAACCGGACGCAUCAAAUACGUCUUCCACCCCUGCCACCAUGUCUUCAACUGCGCCGUAAUCUUCCUCCAAGGCCUGCAGCGCUGCAAGCAAGAAGUCUCCGACACAUAUACGUGGAAAGAAGUCGAAGACUGGAUGUACGUGUUUGCGAAAUGCUUCUCCUCCAUCGCCGAGCGCUGGGGCGCCGCGAAACGCUGCUUGGAAGAGUACGACAGACUACUGUUACCCAUCAAAAAGGAGUACAUGGAUUUCUUGGACCAAAAGGCCAGGGCGCAACGGCCGCUUGUUCAGCCGGAAAUUUCGAUGCCGGAGGGCAUCUCCGGCGCCGGCGAAUAUCGACAUCGAUGA